AUGUCAAGCCGUUGGCGGGAAAGAAAGGAUCUGAGCUUCUCAUAUCCUCUCACCCCGAUCCCACAGCUUUCACUUCAAUAUGACUUCAUACUUUGUCAAUCCGAAUUUUAUUUGAUCAUCCGGCUGACUCUUGAUCUCUUGAUGCAAUCCAAUUAUUCCAGGACAAAGCUUACCGUCACUCUUCCUAUGUGUGCUUCCUCCUUUGCCACCACAUUUUCUCCAACUUUCAGAGCUCGUGGGAAAGCCCUUUUGACACCGGUACCAAGAUAUUGUCAAGCUUGGGUUCAAGUCUCACCUCAUUCGAGCUACAAGGUUCUUAAAUGGGUUCGACGUGAUCAUUCCACUCGCCCAACAACUAACCAAUCGGCCCAAAACAACCAAACCUCAGCUCCUUGCUGUAUCAAUGAUCCCAACACUAUUGAUGGCUCAAGCAAUGAAGCGAAUGUCCUGGAGGACGAUGAUGAUGGUGGAGGAUCAGAGAGGAAUGGUGAUUCUCCUGUUGCAGGUGCCAGCCCAUCUAGGUUAUCUAAAUUAGGCCAAAAGACCUCUCGAGCCAUAGGCGCAGAAACUGAAGGCACUGGAGGACAACUUGCAGGACUAGAAACUGGUCAUAUUGCUGGAGAAAUCAAGAUGGAUGAAGACAAGGAGGAAGAUAGAAGUGUGAGUGGUACACAGGAUCAUUCAGUUCCAGUUGCUCCAACACCUUCAGAUCCACAAGUGGCAUCUGGGAAAUUGCCUUUACCCAAAUCACAAGCCAACAAAGAAUCAAGACUCAAAGAGAUUGAUAUGGAAGAGCAGUCUUACAAUGACGUGAUUGACGAUCAACCAUAUGAGAACAAGGGUGCUGAUGUGAUAAUGUGUGAAGGUGAUGAAGUCUCAGGGCAGGCCCAAUGGACUGGAAAAAAUGUAUCAAAGAUUGGUUUAGAUCAUGCACUUGGUCUUGAAAAGCCUCUUGAUGGCUCUGUCAUGCCUAGCCCCCCUACUGAGCCUCCAGUACUAUCCUUGCUUCCAUCAAUUGUGCCAAAUGGACAUUCAAUUGUUGAAGAAACUGAGCAUUCUAAAGCUCCAAAAUCAUCUCAAUCAUAUGAUCAUUCAUUACCUCUUGAUUCACUCCAACCUUGGGAGAUCUCUGAUCCAAUGGAGGCGGCUACUCCUCAAAACCAAGAAGCUAUUCCAAAUGAACCAUGGCAUCAGAGUGAGGCUGCUGAACUGUCAGAAUCUCAUACCACCAUCAGCUCAGGAACCAUAGAGGUCACCAGGAAAGACUUGGAAUUUUCUCCUAUCCCCGGCCUUGGUAUUGUUGAUCAUGAAGGAUCUUUAACAAACUCGGGGUCACAGCCCAUAACUGAGGAAACCUAG